GCAGAACGCCUACAUCUCAUACGGCAAUCAGGUAUGUUGGAUAAUACGUCGCAAUAUCGGCUCAACAAUAUUGAUCUGCAGUUGCUCGCUUUUGAGGGGGGCAGUGGCAGGUCUGUCGAUAGCACGUACGCGGAUUAACGAGCAGCUCGCUCAAUGUCCAGCCUAGAGAAGGCUCGGUGGCAGAUCGACCAGCAACUGGCGAUUGUACAUCAUACAGAACGCGAACUCCUGAGUCGGCGAAAUGCGUUCACUUUCGCGUGCGCUCUUCCACCCGAGCUUCUAUCUCUCAUCUUCCUCCGCUAUGUGGAUCCAUUUGCCGACCAAACUUUAGACCGACGUGGUCUUCUAGCUUUGAUCAAAGUUACCCAUGUUUGCCGGCACUGGAGAGCAGUUGCACUUGCGUGCCCUGCUCUCUGGACAAGGCUCAAUUUCUGCUCCAUCGAAUGGACUAAGGAGAUGAUCCAAAGAUCAAAACAGGCCCCGUUGAUUGUCUCUGUGGACCUUUCUUUCAAAGCUCCCGCCCGAACCGCACUUGAAGAGGCCGUUCGUGAACUGCCGCGUAUACGUCAGUUCAGAUUAAGGAGCUCAACUAAUAUCGCCCAAGAAUUCAUCGAACGACUCACGAGUCCGGCACCUCUGCUCGAGUCUUUGUUGAUCGACAACAACACGUUUUCACCAUACAACUCGUCGGCACGAGAUCAGACCGUCACGAUCCCGAGGAGCUUUCUCAGUCACACUGCGCCUGCCCUACGCAAGUUGGCGUUGUGGAGAUGCGAUUUUUCUUGGGACAUGCCUCUCCUUAAAGGUCUGACGGAGCUUGACCUCUCCUGGAUUUCCACUGCGGCACGUCCCAGCAAUGGCCAACUUUUGCACGCCCUCAGGAAUAUGCCGGCACUAAAGAAGCUCACCCUGCGGGAUACCUUGCCGAUGUCAACAGACAUGGCUGAGGGUGUUCAUUUGCCAGAACUUCAGCAACUUCAUGUCUACGGCUCUCCGUUCGAAUGCAGUCAAUUUCUAUCUUAUCUCACCUUCCCGGAGGCCAUAAAAAUCACACUCAACUGUCUCACGGACGACGAGGACUUCUCUUCAAUUGUGCCGUUCUUGGCAAUCAAGUGUUUUCCACCAAACAGAGGGAAAGAGGCGCGUGAGGUGCUACAUAUAAGCGGCGCAGACCCGUCUUCCAUUCGGAUACAGUCGGGUCUACCAACGCUUGGUAACAGCUCUUCGUACACCGGCAUGAAGUUCGAGUGGCGUGUAACUAUUCAACUUAAUUGGUUCCAGUCUACGCUUUCGGCAAUCAAUGUCCUCAGGUCCAUUAUUUCCCACCUCGACUUGGUCGCCAUGCGCAUCGUCCAGAUACAAGACCUUGACUGCGUAUCCCAGGACUUCUGGCGUGCACUGCUCACUAGCACAUCGGCAGCCACCAUUCUGGAUGUCGACUGUAUCAACUAUAGCUCCGUCACUGAUCUCGUGAAAGUGUUCCAUCCUGGGGUAGGUGUACCGUGCAAGGACAUCCUCCUCCCUCACCUUGACCAACUCGUGCUGAGCCACACGGAAUUUAACGAUACUGGCGACAAUGUCCCGUCGAUGCAUCCUAACCUCAACGUCAAUGUCCUCUACGACUGCCUCAUGGCACGUGCGAACCAUGGCGUGAGCUUGCAUAGGCUAAUCGUCUGGGAGUGUUACAACUUUACCGCAGACAACAAGCGCUUCCUGGGAGAGGUUGUGCCAUACGUUCAAUGGGAUGGGAUAUAUAUGGCUUUGCGAACACCCGAACCCUCUGAAGAGGAUGACUCUGAGGUCGAGAGCGGCGAGGACGAUUUCGCCCCUUUUGAUGAUUCCGAUGGAUCAGACAGCGACGACAUAGACUUGGAUGAUGAUUUCUAGCUUUACGCUGGAUACACUUUACCCUAUGUUUUAUACGUACUGUUCUAGUUCCCCUUUGCCAGUCUCUUUGAUAUUGUUUUUAUAGUCAAUACCCUAAUCACUCAUCGUAGACAUGAUGGUCUGAUUAAAC